CAGAAUUUAAUGGCUACUGGGAGAGAAGGAUCUUAUUUUUUAAAAACACAGGGCGAUGUGACUUUCAGUUUGUGAUCGCAGAGCUGUGCUCCACUGCAUGACAGCAAAGACCUAUAGUGCCACCAUGGAAACUGGGAGCCCCAGGAAGAUACAGUUUACCGUCCCUCUACUGGACACCCACCUGGACCCAGAGGCAGCUGAACAGAUCAGAAGACGUAGACCGACACCUGCUACUUUGGUGGCAUCCAGUGAUCAGUCAUCACCUGAAAUAGAUGAAGAUCGUCUCCCAAACCAGUUGUACAAGGCAGCCUUGCUGAACUCACCUCGACAACGGCGAAAAGGUCAGAAGGGAACACCUACAAUGAAAGAGCUGCAGUUCAUGGUAGAGCACCACCUAUACAGGCAGCAGCAGGGAGCUGGGGAUGAGUGCUCCUCAGAGAGUUGCCUGUCGGACCGGCCCAGCCCUGACUCUGUUCCCACUGGGGAGGAGCUCCCACAUGAUGAUGAAGCCACUGCAGAGGCUUUUGAGAAACUGCGCUGCCAAAUGGAGGAGUUCUCGAGGGAGAGUCUAUUAGAGGCUGCAGGUGGACCUGAGUGCUCCCUCUCCAAGGAGAAAGAGGCUUGUUCCAGCGUUGCCAAUGCAGCAGAUCCCUCAGCGAAACAAAACAAAGCACAAGCAGACACAAAAGCAGCAGCAUCCGGUGCGAGUCAGCCGGCAGAGGAGAAAACAAUGACACCCAGCCUGGAGAAAGAGAAAUAGAGUGGUCUUCUGUACAACACAAUGCUGCUCAGUCUGCUUAGCCAGUCCAACACAAUGACAGAAGAUUGUGUCUGCAGAUCCACUUUUUAGAUACAUCAGGGCGUCUAUAUUCCUCUACAGUCAGGCCUUAUAGUUACCACCUCGAGAACAUGAACAAAGGUUUCUAAACUUAUUUUGUGUCAAAAAAAUCUUAAAUAAAGGGACCGUUAUUAUUAUAUAUUUGUUUUUUAUAGCUUCCCCUGCACUGACUGACCUAAAGCUACGUAUGAAUCAGUUGUGACUUGUAAAUGGAAAGGAGGAGAUAUUUCCUGUGUCGCAGUCACACAAUCAUUAUCAUAGACUACAACAACUCACAUGUUUAAUGUCUCCUUUAAUGUUCAAAGGCAUCAAAUAUUUAAUUUACAAUCAUUUUGACAGUUUCUUUUAUCAUUAAAUAUGUGCCAUGACUUCUGCAAUUGUUGCUCCAUCUCAAAGCAAUAAAAUUGUAUUUGUACCUCAUAAAUCACUGGGAAUCCAUCACAUUCAGAUUGCAUGUCAUCAAUUAGCCCCACUGUUAGAUGUUGUCGUAAAUGAGUGAAUAAAAUAUCUGGGUUAACUUUAAGAUAUAUUUUUUGUGUCUUUACACGACUGGAUUUAAUACAUUCCAAAGAAGUAUUCCAAGUCACAGUAAUUGGAUCCUAAAAUGGUAUG